CAAAAUUUAUAUUUUUAGAUCGAAUCCAUAAACAUUUGACUCAGUUUUAAAGUUGAAAUUUAAUGAAGGUGGUAAUAAUUGUAAUGAAGUUAAGGAAAUAGAAAAAGUUUGGUAAGGGUGACCUUUGGGCGUUUUGAAAGGCUAAUUUGUGUGUGGUGCCUUUUCCAGUUUCUUUAAGAACGACCAUGUUAUGUCACAUGUAGUAGUAUUGUAUUGUUAAAUGUCAGGGAUUUCUUGUGUGAUAAAAUAAAAAUGCUCCAAAUGUCAUCUGGAAGUGUUUUGGGUACCAAAUUAUUAUCAAUUUCUUUGAAUAGAAGCUUCAUCACCACAGGGAAGAAGAAGGGAUUAGUUUUUGAUUAUUUGGGUUUUAGAAAAGGAAGAAGACAUGUGAUUAAGGCAUCAAGCGACGUCGCUUCACCCUCCAUAUGGGAGAAUUGGAAACCUCCCAAAGCAUCUUCCACUCAUUCCUUCAGCGACAUUCUUUGGCCCUCUGCAGGGGCAUUUGCAGCAAUGGCCAUAUUGGGAAAGCUGGAUCAGUUAUUGGCACCAAAAGGACUGUCGAUCACAUUGGCACCAUUAGGAGCAGUUUCUGUUCUCCUCUUUGCCUCUCCCUCAGCCCCUUCUGCCAGGAAGUACAAUAUGUUGAUGGCCCAAAUAGGUUGUGCAGCAAUUGGUGUUUUGGCGUUUACAAUAUUUGGACCUGGAUUGCUAGCCAAGAGUUCUAGUCUUGCAGCUUCUGUUGCUUACAUGAUUUACACUGACACUGUUCAUCCUCCAGCCGUAAGCAUGCCAUUGCUUUUCAUUGAUGGUGUUAAAUUGCAACACUUGAGUUUCUGGUAUGCUUUGUAUCCCGGCGCAACUGGAUGCAUUCUACUCUGUUUGAUUCAAGAGGUGGUUCUAUACAUGAAGCAAAAUUUCAAAUUCUAACCCUGCUUUGCACAACCGUGAUUGAUUGCUACAUCGCUUCGGUGGUAGCCAGUGAUCAUAUGCUUCUGCUAUAUCUUCCAAAAUCCAAUUUGAUUUAUUGAAGGUCCCAGAAGUACAUUCUUAGCUCAGAAUUAAGAACUGUAAGUAGUGAGUGAGUUCUACUAGAAUCAAGGCUCCAAUGUACAUUAUGUGGAUGGUUCAAAUUUGCAGCUUGCUAAUUGCAACAUUGUAUUGGAAUGGGUUCAUUGUGUGUAUUGUAUCUUGUCUGAAAAUUAUUUGACAAUAAUACUUGUAAACAUUGCUUAUCAAUGGUUCCUCUUCCUCCUAUGGUAAAUAUGGGAUAAAGUCUAAUUUGUGAA